UCAAAGCUGAAGAGACAGACAUGAGCGCCCUGGUGCUGCCAGCUGACCUGCCAGCAUGCAGUAUGACUUCUGAAAUACCCAAAGAGAAGAAAAUAGAGGAGAACAGGCCAAAAUACUCAGAGGAGGAGGAGGAGGAGGAGGAGAUUCAGGUGAAUGGAUCUCCUCCAGAAAAACACACAGAAGGAGAAAAAGACGAGAAGACCAUUGAAGAAAGCAAGAUUCAGAGAGACCUCAAGGAGAUUGAGGUAAUUGAGGAGUCUAAAGAUCCUCAGAAACAUGAUGAAGAUAAGGAGGAGGAGGAGGUUUUGGGUCCAGAUGUGGUCACUUGUGACUCCUGCAUUGAUAAGCCAUGCAGAGCUAAAAAGUCUUGCCUCACCUGUCUGGUAUCAUACUGCGAGUCUCACCUGAGGCCACACCUGGAGAACGCCAAGUUCCAGAGCCACAGGUUAGUGGAUCCUCUGCGGGACAUUGAGAGGCGGACCUGCGAGGCUCACCGCUGCCCGCUGGAGCUAUACUGCUGCAUGUGCUGCCUCUGCCCAGCCUGCGUCACAGAGGAGCACAUCGGACACCAAGCCCUGCCCAUAGCCGAGGCACGGAGGAAUAUAGAGAAAGAGCUUCAGGAUAAGCAGACAGAAAUGCUGAAGACGAUGACGGCUGCAGAAAACGCCAUUAACAAGCUGCAGGUCAACACUGUGUCUAUAGAGGGCUCAGUGCAGGAGGUGCGGGCUGUGAUUGAGGAGCAGUUCAGUGUCCUGCAGACCGCAGUGGAGCAGGUGAAGCGGGAUGUGUGUGAGCUGCUGGAGGCGGAGGAGCGGCAGGCGCUGCGGCAGGCAGAUGGCAUACGGGUGCAUCUGGAGCAGCGCUGCGCAGAACUUAAGAAAACACAGAGCAGAGUCCAGAAGAUCAGCAAGAACAAACACGACAUACGCUUCCUGCAGGAGUAUUCAGAAUGGAAGAAGGAAGCAGUGGACGUGUCUUUGCCUGGGGUUUAUAUCGGCCUGAUGGAUCGACUGCAGGCGUUCAGUCAUGUGAUCGUUCGCUCCACGAAUAAAAUGUGUGAAAAUCUGCAGAGCUCGUACACCAACAAACUCAAAGACACCUGUAAAAAUGAUAAUGUGGGCAUAAAGACGACGGUUUUUGCCAUUAUGGCGGCAAAGAAGAACAUGACGAUUCCAGACCCCAAAACCAGAGACGACUUCCUACAGUACGUCACUCCUCUGUCUCUGGAUGCCGAUACGGCGCAUGUGUUUCUGCGUCUGACAGAAGAGCGUAAGAAAGUGUCCAACACCACACCAUGGCAGCACAGCUAUCCAGAUCUCCCAGAGCGCUUCCAGCACUUCAAACAGGUGCUGACUCUGGAGAGCUUCUACCUGGGACGCCACUACUUCGAGGUGGACAUGAGGGGCGAAGGGACACACGUGGGUCUGACCUACAAGAGCAUCGAGCGCAAGGGUUCGCAGAGCAACAGCUGCAUCGCCGGAAACAACUUCUCCUGGUGUUUGCAGUGGAACGGCCGCAGUUUCUCCGCCUGGCACAGCGAUGUGGAGACGCCGCUCAGCUGCUCCAAAACCACCCGCAUCGGCAUCUACGUGGACUAUUCCGGCGGUCUGCUGGCUUUCUAUGACGUGGAGAACGGGAUGACGCUCAUCCACAAGUACCAGGCAGAGUUUCUGGAGCCGCUUUAUCCUGCUUUCUGGCUCCCCAAGAAGGAGAACGUGGUGCUGCUGGAGCCUGGAGCUGCGUCUCCUCUGUCCUCUCCAUCUCCGUCUCCUGAUGCUGCCACUAAAUAACCUUUGCUAGAUGUUUCCAUAUCAUUUCCACGUUAUGGGGUCCUGGGGGGGUUUACAUCUGGGUUUAAUAUGUAGUCCUGGGGUCCGUUCUUCGUACCUCGCUUAAAUGAUCUAAGAUGAUUUGGCAGAUGUUGGAUCUGUUAAUCUUGAUAACUGAUCUCUGGAUAAUUUGGUUCUUCAAACAAGUUUGUGAUCAGAUUAAAGUGUCUGGAUGAACAGAUUUUUUUUAUUUUAAACCUUUUUUUAAGAGUUACGAGCCAUUUUUUGACAGAAAAUGUAAAGUUGCUAUUUUGAAGGCCAAUAGGUCUAUAACGGGACUAUAAAAGAUGUAACCUAUGACUGAUAUUAAAGUGUUAUGACUGCUACAGUGCAUUUGAACAAGAUGCCUGUUGAAAUGCCUUUGCAUACUGUACUGUAUGUGCAUUUAUUGUAGGACAUAUAACAAAAUGGAGAAGAGAGAUAACCAGUGCUGUGACUGAUAUAAAAGUUUCAUGACUGUUCUAUUUUAGCAUAUGGCUUAAAUGCAUAAUGCUAUAUAUAUAUAAUUUACAAUAAAAAUGUUGUCAUUAGAGUUUGCCAUGUUUUCAGACAUGUUUAAACUUAUAUACACAGUUGAAGUCAGAAUUAUUAGCCCUCCUGAAUUAUUAGCCCUCUGUUUAUUUUUCCCAAAUUUCUGUUUCAAGAGUUCACACUUAGAUAAUGCUCAACUAUGAUAGCAGGUUUGGCAUGCUGUCCUGGGAGAGAACCCUGAGCUCGGAGAUAGCUGAGCCCAAGGUUCCCGCCUGGUCAAUGAGCAUUAGGAGGGAUACGAGAUCAGGAGUUUCUCGAGUGCCCCCUUUUGCUAUGUAUGUGUUAAGGGCUUGUGACUGUAUUACGAUUCACUUAUGUACAUGUUUUUAGACUGUGGGAGGAAACCGGAGGACCCGGAGAAAACCCACGCAAACACAGGGAGAACAUGCAAACUCCACGCAGGGAGUCCCGACUGGCUCCAUUAGAACUUGAACCUGUGGCCUUCUUACUGCGAGGCAGCAGUUCUAACCACUGAGCCACCGUGUUGCCCGAUCAUGAAAAAGGAGGAGGGAGAAUAGAAGGAUGGGGGGGGGGGUUCCAAAAACAAAGAUAAGGAAUGAAGUUUAGGCAGGAUAUUUAUAGUAGUUUUAGAAUGAUCAGAUAGGCUAGCUAAUUAUUAGCAAUGAGGAUCAGCUGUAGUCAAUCAUAUCACAUGCUCCUCUCGAAAUUAGUUUGUGAAACUUCACUAAGUGGAAAGAAGAGUUGAUUUUUCUUCAACACAUUUCUAAACAUAAUAGUUUUAAUAACUAAUUUCUAAUAACUGAUUUCUUUUAUCUUUGUCAUGAUGACAGUAAUUAAUAUUUAACUAGAUAUUGUUCAAGAUACUAGUAUUCAGCUUAAAGUGACAUUUAAAGGCUUAACUAGGUUAAUUAGGUUAAAGUUAGGGUAAUUAGGCAAGUCAUUGUAUAACAGAGGUUUGUUCUGGAAACAAUCCAAAACAAAUAUUGCUUGAGGGGGGUAAUAAUAUUGACCUUAAAAUGGCUUUAAAAAAUUUAAAACUGCUUUUAUUCUAGCCGAAAUAAAACAAAUAAGACUUUCUCCAGAAGAAAAAAUAUUAUAGGAAAUACUGUGAAAAAUUCCUGAAUCUAUUCAACAUUAUUUGGGAAAUACUUAAGAACAAAAAAAAAAAAACAAUCACAGGUGGAUGAAUAAUUCGGACUUCAACUGUAUAUAUACACCUUUUUUAUAUGAUAAAAUAUGUAAGACAGAAGUUUCUGGUCUUCAGUACUGUUGCACAAGUGACCAAACCCAUCUGACGUAGUUUAACCUGUUGUGGUACAUUUCACCAGGGUUUGGUCAGAUUUAACAGCCGAUAUGAUGACUCUACAGUGACUCUUCAAGUCUGUUUGCCUUCUUGUCUUACACUUUAUGAUCUUUUAUGAAUUGUGAGUUACUUUGCAAAUAAAACCGCAGUGAAAACA